CUGCUAUGCUGGACCUGAAGAUGUGGCCUGUGAUGUCUGCACUGGGAGGAAGCGGAAAGCCCUCAAGUCCUGUUUGACUUGUCCAGCUUCUUACUGUAAGAAUCACCUCCAGCCUCAUUACGAUGCAGCUCCAUUAAAGAAACACAAGCUGGUCGACCCCUCGGAGAAGCUCCAGGAGAACAUCUGCUCUCGUCAUGACGAGGUGAUGAAGAUGUUCUGCCGUACUGAUCAGCAGAGUAUCUGUUAUCUCUGCCCUGUGGAUGGACAUAAAGGCCACAACACAGUCUCAGCUGCAGCAGAAAGGACUGAGAGGCAGAGAGAGCUCGAGGUGAGUCGACAAAACAUCCAGCAGAGAAUCCAGGACAGAGAGAAAGAUGUGAAGCUGCUUCAACAGGAGGUGGAGGCCGUCAGUCGCUCUGCUGAUAAAGCAGUGGAGGACAGUGAGAAGAUCUUCACUGAGCUGGUCAGUCUCAUCCAGAAAAGAAGCUCUGAUGUGAAGCAGCAGAUCAGAUCCCAGCAGGAAACUGAAGUGAGUCGAGUCAAAGAGCUUCAGGAGAAGCUGGAGCAGGAGAUCACUGAGCUGAAGAGGAAAGACACUGAACUGAAGCAGCUCUCAUACACAGAGGAUCACAACCAGUUUCUGCUCAACUACCCCUCACUGUCACAACUCAGUGCAUCUACAGACUCAUCCAGCAUCAAUAUCGGUCCUCUGAGAUACUUUGAGGAUGUGACAGCAGCUGUGUCAGAGCUCAGAGAUAAACUACAGGACAUCCUGAGGGAGAAAUGGACAAACAUCUCACUGACAGUGACUGAAGUCGACAUUUCACUACCACCAGAUCCCAAGACCAGAGCUGGAUUCUUAAGAUAUUCAAGUGAAAUCACUCUGGAUCCAAACACAGCAAGCGCAUAUUUGUUGUUAUCUAAGGGGAACAGAAAAGCAGAAGGAAUGAGAAAACAACUGCCUUAUUCUAGUCACCCAGACAGAUUCACCGGAUGGUGUCAGGUCCUGAGUAGAGAGAGUCUGACUGGACGUUGUUACUGGGAGGUGGAGUGGAGAGGUGGAGGAGUUCGUGUAGCAGUCACAUACAAGAAUAUCAGCAGAGCAGGAGGCUCGACUGAAUGUGGAUUUGGAUUCAACAACAAAUCUUGCGCUUUAUAUUGUGACAAUAACGGUUAUAACUUUUUGUUCAACAACAUCAAAACUCCCAUCCCAGGUCCUCGUUCCUCCAGAGUAGGAGUGUACCUGGAUCACACAGCAGGUAUUCUGUCCUUUUACAGCGUCUCUAAAACCAUGACUCUCCUCAACAGAGUCCAGACCACAUUCACUCAGCCUGUCUAUGCUGGAAUUUGUCUUUGUUAUUAUUCUUAUGGAGACACAGCUGAGUUCUGUAAACUCAAAUAGACAGAAGUCAUUUCAGACUUCAUGUGUCAGAUUCUGUGUU